AUGUUCGCUGUCUACUUAGUUCUGUUGCGUUUUGCAUAUCUGCUCUUUUAUCGUUUCUGGAAUACGCCUUUGGCGGAUAUCCCUGGUCCCCGGUUUGCUGCAGCGACCGGGCUAUGGGUCAUGUACAAGGAAUUCACCAGACAGCGGCGGAAGUGGAUCCAUGACCUGCAUCUACGUUAUGGACCAGUGGUACGGAUCGGUCCGGAGGAAGUCUCGUUUGCUACCUGGGAUUCCUUGAAGGAAAUCUAUGUCUCAGGCGGAAGUGGUUACGAUAAGACCUCUUUCUACCGCCUCUUUGACAACUUCGACACACAGUGCAUGUUUUCGACUCUUGAAAAGACAUCUCAUGGAGAGACCAAGAAAAAGUUCUCUGACAGAUACAACAAGAUGUUCAUCAUGCAGCCUCAUAUCGCUGAAGGCAUCCGCGAACAUGCAGAAGAAUUCAUAAUGAAAUGCACCGAGAAGCCGGGAGCUGCCGUUGACAUAUACGUAUACCUGCACUGUUAUGCACUUGAUUGCAUUACCCAUCACGUGUUUGAUCCUCACGGACUUCAUUCACUGACCAGCCCGUCUGAUGUGGUCGCAAUGAAGGAAUUAUCGUAUUACGACGCUCUGAAAACCUCAUACUUCAAUUACUACUUUCCGGAACUCUACUUCGUUGUGACUCGUGUGCUCAAACUAUUCAGUAUCAGCUUCUACGACCGUUCCUCUGGCGUAAUCACCUCUUACAUCAAGAAGAUGGUGGGACGGACAGACGUCUCUAGCUACACAGUGCUCGAGAAAUUGCAGGAGCAGAAGGAGCCGUUACCGAACGUAUAUAUCGCGUCGGAAUGCAUGGACCACACCGUCGCAGGAAUUGACACUACAGGCGACGCUCUUUGCUUUCUCCUGUAUCAGCUAUCUCUCCCUUCCUCGUCCGCUAUCCAGGAGAAGCUACACGCCGAGCUGUCGCAGAGCUCGAGUGAACCGGUAGACAAUCUGGUGUACCUCGAUGCGGUGGUGAAGGAGGGUCUGCGCUGUUUUACACCGAUACCAAUGAGUCUUCCCAGGUUGGUGCCGAAGGGUGGCACGACGAUUGAAGGUUUUCGCCUGCCGGAGAAUACGAUAGUCAGCUGCCAGGCUUACACACUUCAUCGCCUGGACACGAAGGUAUUCCCGAACCCGGAAGAGUUCCGUCCAGAACGAUGGCUGGACGCUGAAGGCGCGAUAGAUCGCAAUCAGCUGUUCUUCGCAUUUGCCGCGGGUGGGCGUGGUUGCAUUGGCAAACAUCUCGCAUUGUUAGAGAUGAAAGUUCUCUUGAAGGAGGUCUAUUCGACGUAUUGGACGCGCGUGGCACCGGAGAUGACGGGGUCGAUGGAAAUGAACGACCAGAUUAUGUCGACGCGGCCAAAGGAUCAAAUAUGCCUGCUAACCUUCGAGAAUUCGGGCUGUAAUUGUUGCAAGUGA